CUCGUUGUUGGUGGGAGAAGUGGCUGUUUUUGCAUCCCAGGCUGCGAGUUGCUGCCCUGGCGGGCAGCGGUGAGGGGCCAGCCUGCAGUUUUGGGGUCUGGGAGGGGGGUAACCCGAUGACACCCAACCUCUCUCCGUGCCGGGCUCCCCUGCACGCCUGGGUGCUGGUGGGACCCGCGGUGGCAGGAUGCGCCGUGGGGAAAUGUGGGGGUCCACGGUGGGAUACCGAGGAGUGUUCCGUGCUGUGCUCCGGUCCGGGGCUGGGGGGGAGCGGCCCCACGCAGCGCGGCGGGGCCGGGCGGGGUCAGCCCGCCCCACGCAGCGUGACCCGCCCCGCGGGGAGGGACCGCGCCGGGGCCCGCCCGGGGCCGCCCGCAGGUACCGAGCGCUUCACGCGUGGGUUCCGGGGCUUGGUAGCGGGGGGACUGCACCCCCCGUGCGGCCGGGGCCGCCCCCCGCCUUUUGCUACGUGGGGCCGGGACCACCGCCGUGUUUUGGUGCGUGGGCGUGGGGCCCUCCCGUGUCCCGCGGCCGGGGACGGACCAUGAAGGUGAAGGUGAUUUCUGUCCUGGAGGACAACUACAUGUACCUGGUCAUCGAGGAGAACACCCGGGACGCCAUCGCGGUGGAUGCUGCUGUCCCCAAAAGGGGACCAUGCGAGGGGCAAUGAGGAGCUGGCGCGGCUCUGCCCCGGGCUGCACGUGUAUGGGGCCGAUGAGCGGAUUGGGGCCCUGACGCACAAGGUGACCCACAACCAGGAGCUGACGUUCGGAUCCAUCCGGGUGCGGUGCCUCUUCACCCCUUGCCACACCUCGGGCCACAUGUGCUACUUCAUGUGGGAGGACGGUUCCCCGGACGCUCCAGCUCUCUUCUCAGGUGACACCCUGUUUGUGGGAGGCUGUGGGAAGUUCUUUGAGGGGACGGCGGAGCAGAUGUUCACCAACCUCACUCAGACCCUGGGGACUUUGCCCAAGGAGACGAAGGUGUUCUGCGGCCAUGAGUGCACCGUCCGGAACCUCAAGUUUGCUUUGAAAGUGGAACCGGAGAAUGAAACAGUGAAGAAGAAACUCGCGUGGGCCAAACAGCGGGAUGAUGAGGACUUGCCCACAGUGCCCUCCACGCUGCAGGAGGAAUUCCUCUACAACCCCUUCCUGCGGGUCACGGAGGAGCCUGUGCAGAAGUUCACGGGUAAGACGGACCCGGUGGAGGUGCUGAGAACCCUCCGCACCGAGAAGGACAACUUCAAGAAGCCCAAGGAGCGGCCCCAUCCCCAGGCUGUGCUCGCCUUUGACUGGGGACUUUUCAGCCCCUUCCUCGAGAAGAAGUGAACAGCCGCGGUGGGGGCUCCCAAACCACAGCAUCCCCAUCGCCAUGGGGGCUCCCAAACCACAGCGUCCCUGUCAUGGCCGGGGCUGCAUCCGUCCGGCUUUGACUCCAUCAGACUCAGCAGCUGGGAAGCUUCUGUCUUUAACCUGCUUGUUUUGAGGAUAAAAGAACUGGAAAACACUUGGCUGAAACCUACAUUAACUUUGCCUCUAGAACAAGAGCUAGGGAGCAGCUGGGUCUCUCAAGCCUCUUCAGCCUCCAGUUUGUGCACAACCAGUACUGUAUUGUAACUUUUUUUAAGUCUGAGAAAUGUGCAAAACUUUGAUUUGCAGGUGGUGGGAAGGUGCAUUACAAACCAGUAAAAUACAGGGUGUUUCAAAAAGAUGGACCCAAUUUCAAAGCAGUGUAUUUUGUGAUUGGGUUUGUCUUUUGAAACAUGCAGUAAUUUUCUCUUUUUUUUUUUGGGGGGGGAAGAACUGGGGCUUGCUGGUGGCUCUGUGACAAGCGGUGACAAUCCCUUGCGGGGUUGGGCUGGGGCCAGUGGCUCCGUGCUGGACCGCUGCGGGUCUGCGGUUCCUGCCCUCAAUGUGCGGAGUGUGUGUGUGACCGUCCCGGUGCUGCUGAGUUCACCCCAUCGUAUGUAGUUGAAAUGUGAAUGCAGAGGAGUUGGUCCCGUAAUCCUUUACCAUUCGUUGUCAUUUUAAGUAGCACUGAUUGUAAAUUUUAUAGCUCAUAACACUGGAAUCGAGUUGACUUCAGGGUCUUUCAUGUGUGGACUGAACUGCAUCCGUUACCACUGAAUCCUGUUUGUGGCUGUUUCUUCCCUCGCUAGAAACUAGACUAAGGUUCUAUUUUUUCCUUUUAAGCUAGAAUUUACUCUCCCCCACAAGAGGGGAGGAAUUAAUCCUGUUGCACAAGUUGCUUCGGUGCUAUUGCCUCACAGUUUCUCAGUUUCAAUGCAAUAGUGCUGUUUGCAGCCGUUACCUGCGUGUUGUCUGGCAGUCUGUCUGUCCUGGGAGCAGGGCUGUGUGUCUGGCAGGGUUCGGAACCAGCCCUGAGCCUGCGCGCAUUGGCGGCGGCUUCGUGCAGCUCAGAGGCUGCGGGAAACUCAAGCUGUUCGGCAGGAACAGACACCUGGGAAGAGACAAAAACGUAGAGCUCCAGUUCUUUAACCCACAGCUAAUUGAGCUUUAUUUAUUUGAGCACUUCUGGCCUGAUGUGCAUGUUCUCGGUGGAACCAGAAUGUGUUUCUUGUGCACCGAUGUAUGGAGUGUGAGCUCAGUGCACUGACUUUGCAUUUGCGGCGGCUCUUGCUGCAGAUCAGGGUUUUAGGGUUCAGCACAACAGCGUGUUCGACACCUACACACGGGGAAGGGCUGAAUCCACCAACCUGCUUGUAACAUGAAUGGGGGGUGGGGGGGCGCAGCGGGAGAUUCUUGCCUUAUGAACACUGUGAAUUCAAUAGUUGAUCAGCAACACCUGAAAAAUGUAAAGCUUUUAAUUAAAAACAUUUUUAAAAGUC